AUGCCUCGAAACCACCGCUCCAGACGUAGAGGCCCCCGGGCUCCUCCCCCUGCGGUGCCUCAACGCAGCUUCCCCAAAGAGUAUGAGGACUAUCUCAGAGGCGUUGAUGCAGCUACCGAAGCUCUGAAGUCAAAGAACAUCGAGACAAACAUCGAAUCAAGCUUCGAUGACGCAAAGGUCGAUACCGCCACGGUCAUCGAAGCUCCCAUGACCGAAGCCCUUGACAAGGGAAAGGGGAAGGAGACUUGCAUCGAUUCAGAGUUUAUGACGAAAGUCGGGCUUCCCAGCCAGAAUCGAAUGGAGCCUCGCCAGGCCGGAAAUAACCCAACAAAACAGGCCGCAGCUGGAAGCACUAGAUAUGAUUCCAUUGCUGGCGAGUGUCACGAAGCUGGUCCAGCUACACUGUACUCGCCGGUUGCUGGUCCCUCCAAGUUUCCUUUCAUUGGCAAAACCCCCACUGGCCCCACUGCAGGAUCUCUGCCGAGAACUCACAUUGAUCUCACCUGGGGUCAACAGAAGACUUCUCCGGUCCCAGGUGUCUACGGUGCGAAGACGGCAGGUCAUCAGGCUAAGCGUCCGGUCCUCGGAUCUUUCCAGAAGCCAACGCAGCUGAGCGCAGAUUCUCCCUCGUUUCAUCCACAGGGAGCUACGCCUGCUGCUCUGAUAGAUGUUGCCAACAAGGGUGACCGGCUGCUGCAGUCCAUUGCAUCAUCGUCAACAGUUGCUAUGUACACAGGUAACCAUGGAGUGCUGCGGGCCAGAGAUGAGCUGAAUAGGACUGCUGCUUAUUGCUCGAUGCGCGAGAAGGCUGAUUUUGCGGGCUGGGGCAAGUCCCCAUUUCUUCCCCAAUCGCCGAUCGACUUCGUUGCGCACCAGAGACAGAUUGUGGCUGCAGAGAUGAAGCGAAACAUGAACCGUGUUGCGAUGCUCGAAGCCACGCAAGGUAAACACAAGGCCAUGCUCACGCUUGACUUCCAGGACGGCCUGUCGCCCAUGCUAGUGCAGAAGACAAGCUUCAAUGAUGUGGAGGCAGACUACCAGAAAUAUGUGACGGACUGGCCGACGCCGCACGAGCUGCAGAUGUCUGGCACUUCUCUUCCACUCCCGCAGAAGAAGCAGGCGGAGUCCGGAGAGCAAGCGCAGCGCACCACGUUCUGCACCCAGGAAGACGAGACUCGCACAUGGGACUGGCUCAGCCCGUUUCAAGCUGCCUCCGUCCGAGCUGAGGAUCCUGCCACGAUUGACGAGGACACCCUCGGUUCUUGGAUGCGUGACCUGAUGAAGGCAAUUGACCAGGACGAUGAGUGA